AUGCCUAGUGCGUCGCUUACUUGCUGUAAGAGUAGUGAGGCUCCUAAUUUGCAUGUGGACAGCCUGGGUGGCAUGAUGGUGACAGCCAAACGAAGCGGGGGCAGUAGAUGGAAACACGGAAAGCUUGGCAGCGCUGCUAGGAUGGAUGAUUUGCGCCCGGAGCUCCCAGACAGAAGUAGUCUGUGCGCCGAUUGUUGCGUUGCGAAUGUCUGCACCUUGCUGUGGGAUGAGGUUCGCAAUGUUCGCUUUGUCUACUUGCUUGUCCACCUGCCUUCCACCGCGCUCUGGCUAUUAUCUGAAGCAAUGUUCUGGUGUUGGGCUGUAAAGGGGAAAGCACUGUGGUCAGCUACGGGCAAUGUGGGGUCUGGGUUUGUGGAUGGAUAUUUUUUUGUCUUCCCUUUUCUUUUUUCUUUUCAUUUUUGUGGGGAGGAGGGGAGGCUUGCAAUGGCUGGCCUUUAG